ACGGAAUGCAAAAUUGAACGUGAGAAAAUGGCGCCGUUGUGUUGAGAAGCCGUCGUCUGCACGAGAGGCAAGAGUGGAAGUCACAGAAGCUAGUGUGGACCUCGCUUUCCUUGUCCCUGUGGUUGUGUGCGUGCGUGGAGACUCGAAAACCGCCGGAAAAGCUUUGGUCGUCUAGAAGAGUUCAAAAAAAGACCGCCAUAUUUCCUCGCACCAUGGCCUCAUCAAUACAGAUAAAGUUGGUUCUGGGCCACUCGGCACAGUGGAGAAAGAAGCCAACAGUGGAAGGGUACACCCAUGACUGGACCAUUCUGGUGCGGGGAGAAGACGGACAGAGCAUUAGCCACUUUGUCGAGAAGGUCGUCUUCUUUCUGCACGAGAGCUUCGCCAAACCAAAAAGAGUUGUGAAGGAGCCUCCGUACCAGGUGUCAGAGUCAGGGUACGGGAGCUUCAAUCUCCCGGUGGAAGUCUACUUCAGGAACAAAGACGAGCCGAAGAAAGUCCGGUUCGAGUACGACCUUCUCCUCCCGAACCUGAACGACCCGCCCAUCAACCAGAUCCGCUCCGAAUGCCUCACGUUCCAGAACCCGAGCGAGGAAUUCAGACAAAAGCUCCUCAAGGCUGGUGGGGUAGAGACAGGAGGGGGAGGGGGAGGGGGAGGGGGAGGGGGAGUGGUGGGUGGAGAAAAGCCCAAAACCGGGGGAGGUGGGGGGAAUGUUCCCAAAAAGCGAGCCGCUACUGGUGGGGACAGCGACCGCCCGAAGAAAAAGAGCAAGACGGAGCGAUCGAAAAAGGCAAAGAGCAGCAGCGAUUCGAGUGAGUCGAGCAGCGACAGCGAGAGCGGGGAUGGCGAAGACCACUCCACACUGCCUCCCUCGAGGAAAACCUCUAGCAAGAAACCACUGCCCAACAGCUGGGACACCUCGGCCCUCAAGCGACUUCACAAGCAGCUGAACUCCUUACAAGACCCGCAGCAGUUGCAAGAGAUAGUCAACAUCAUCGAGCAGACCGGGCUCUAUAAUCUCACCACAUCAACAUUCGAUUUCGAUCUUUGUAAACUAGACGAUGGUACCCUAAGCAAGCUCCUCAAAUUCGUCGAACCGGCCAGUUGAGAGAACAUUUUCACAUCACCACAAAAUUAUGUUCUGCUCUCUGAUAGUUUCUUGGACUUUUACUUGUGUAUGCAUUAACAAUAACACAGACUCCUCCCCCACUCACAGAGUCACAUGCUUAUACACAUACACAUUUUUACUCGACACACGUUCCAAACUCCACGCGAGAAAACAGACAGACCGUAAACUGGAAAAACUGUGUGUAUGUUCUGUCAGUUGUUAAGGUACUAUAUAUAUACACCUCUGUAUUGUUUUGUGACGUUAUAGCCCAUGCAGUAAUAAUGUUGGAAAUUUAAUCUGCCAGUCACCCUGUAUAAUAUACAAGUGUACAUAUUUUUUCUUUCACUGAUGUAAGUCACUAAAAAUUUUUCACCAUGAGACAUAUCUUUGAG